CUCUCUCUCUCACACCCCCCCCCCCCAGUUGUCUCCCUGGCCAAAAACCUCACCUACCCGUAUUUAUACAGGCCAGGGCACCAAUGUAUGGCACUUGGGGUUUGUCUGCGAGCGCUCAGCGUUUCUGACGAGGCAGAGCCCCAGUGUACACUGUGUGCGCAAUGCCAGAUGGCUCCGGACUUUGACACGCUGCCACUGGAGCCAUCGCUUUGAUUUGCAAGUGACGCUUUGCAAACUUGAGACCCGGUGUUGGGGAAGCGUGAGGCGAGCAGGCAUUAAAAAGAAAAUCUCGGGAGCUGUUACCAUUUCCAUGCGGCGCCGGAGCGUGGGGUCUCUUCCCGGCGCCCCUUGGAAGAAGCUCACUAUGCCCGGGCAGAGCCUGGAGGAUUUCUCUCUGGCUCACGCGGAAGACAAUGAGAUCAGCAUCAACGUCGGCGGCUUUAAGAAAAAGAUGCGAUCCCACACCCUACUAAGAUUUCCCGAAACCAGGCUGGGCCAACUGCUGAGCUGCCACUCAAAGGAGGCGAUAUUGGAGCUCUGUGACGAUUAUGACGACGCCAAGAACGAGUUUUACUUUGACCGGAACCCCGAACUUUUCCCCUACGUGUUGCAUUUUUACAACACCGGCAAGCUCCACGUGAUGGGCGAACUCUGCGUCUUCUCCUUCAGCCAAGAGAUUGAAUACUGGGGCAUCAAUGAGUUCUUCAUUGACUCGUGCUGCAGCUACAGCUACCAUGGGAGGAAGAUGGAGCCGGAUCAAGAGAAAUGGGAAGAUCAAAGUGACCGGGAAAGCACCUCGUCCUCCUUUGACGAAAUCUUGGCCUUCUACAACGAUGCCGCCAAGUUUGACAGACAACCCUUUGGAAACGUCAGGAGGCAGCUCUGGCUAGCGCUGGACAAUCCCGGCUACUCGGUCUUGAGCCGAAUAUUUAGCGUCCUGUCAAUAGUGGUUGUUCUUGGGUCCAUCGUGACCAUGUGCCUGAACAGCCUCCCGGACUUCCAGCUGGUUGAUAGCUACGGGAAGGCCGAGGAAGAUCCUCGUUUUGAAAUCGUGGAGCAUUUUGGCAUUGCAUGGUUCACAUUUGAGCUGAUGGCAAGAUUUGCAGUGGCUCCUGACUUCUUGAAGUUUUUCAAGCAUGCCCUGAAUCUGAUUGACCUUAUGUCCAUCCUGCCAUUUUACAUUACCUUAAUUGUUAACUUGGUUGUGGAAAGUAGCCCGGCUUUAGCAAAUUUAGGUAGAGUAGCCCAAGUCCUGAGACUAAUGAGGAUCUUUCGCAUCUUAAAACUUGCUCGCCAUUCAACUGGCCUCAGGUCUCUUGGGGCCACUUUGAAGUAUAGCUACAGGGAGGUAGGGCUUCUCUUACUCUACCUCUCUGUUGGGAUCUCCAUAUUCUCUGUAGUGGCUUAUACCAUUGAAAAAGAAGAAAACGAGGGCCUAGCCACCAUCCCUGCUUGCUGGUGGUGGGCUACAGUUAGCAUGACCACAGUUGGCUAUGGAGAUGUUGUCCCAGGGACCACUGCUGGCAAACUGACGGCAUCUGCAUGCAUCCUAGCUGGUAUCUUGGUGGUAGUGCUUCCUAUCACGCUCAUCUUCAAUAAAUUCUCUCACUUUUAUAGGCGUCAGAAGCAGCUAGAAAGUGCCAUGAGGAGCUGUGAUUUUGGUGAUGGAAUGAAAGAGGUUCCGUCAGUCAAUUUAAGGGACUAUUAUGCUUAUAAAGUUAAAUCCCUUAUGGCCAGUUUUACCAAUCUGAGUAGGAGUACUCCCAGCGAACUAAGCCUAGAUGAUUCACUGCAUUAGACUGCAGGUCUGACAGCAGUUUGCAUGAUGUGCACCAAGAGCUGUGUUUAUAGACAUUCCUAUUACUUGGGGUUUUUCUAGCAUAUAGUGUUGCUGACACUGCACUAACUUUGCACCUAACAGGAAAUUUAGUUGCAAACUGACAGUUUGCACAUUUCCAUUCUGUUGCAUAGAAACAAAAUGCUCAUUUUUCUAGACAAGCGUUACUGUGUCCAUGACACUAGUGCUAGUGGUGCAGUGCUGAUUUGUUACUUAGCUUGUUUCCUUUAGACGUCCUUGUAUGAGCAGAGAAAUAAGUUGAUCCAGGGGAAAACACACAACUGUGAAAUUAACAAUGAAAUAAUCUGUUUUCACUUACAUUGAUGUAACAACUCUUAAUAUCUGUGCAUUUCCCAAUUAGUUUAAAGUGCUCACAAGGCAGAUUUUAAAAAGAGCAUUUUAAAGUAUCUGACACUAACUGCAAGUUAAAAACUUACCUGUGAAUAGUUUACAUAGUAACACAUUGCCACCUUGUUAUGCCGGCUAAUACUAAUGUUAACCACAUCUCUGAAAAUGUGAUUGAGUUUAGCGGUUCAGGGAAAAUUGGCAUUUAUUCUAGAGCACAUGUAUUAAAGCACUUUUGAAAUUAAACAUGUAGGUGAGAUUUUCAAAAGCACUUGGCAUUAUCUAACUCUGCUUCCAACCACAUCAGAAGAAAAAAAUCCCAUUGCCCUCACUGGGAGCAGAGAUAGGCCAAUACUGAGCACUUCUGAAAAACUUACCCAAAGCUUUUAAAUUAUGAGAGCUUUAAGGCCACAUUUUCAAAAGUGGCCUACAGCCUUGGUGCCCAUCAAGACCUCUGGGGCUUGAUUUUCAGAGGGGCUGAGCACCUGCAGCUCCUAUUGACUUCAGCUGGAGCUGCAGAUGUUCAGCAUCUCUGAAAGUCAGGGCCAAGGAAAGGAAGAAGGAAAUUGGGCUUCAGAGGAAGUUGGGCUCCCAAAAAUGGAGGCAUCCAACAAUUAGAAGCCACAUGUGAAAACGUGCGUCUCUCUAGAGUAUGGAAAUAUUCCAAAGUGAAUGAUAAAGGCAGUAUUUUAGGAACUGACAUUUACCUACUGAAAGAUGACUAAUUAAAAAGAUAGCAUAUGUAUUUCUGAGAAACAGCCUAAUUUUAUCAGGGAGGACUGUUUUGAUGCUUGGCAUGAGAAUUAAAACGGGUGUCCAUGGUAAAUAAUCUCAUUAAGAUUUCUGCAGAUGAAACUCUAAGGGAAUAACUAUAGCUAGUAUUUCUACUUAAAAAUGGUUCAGAAAAGGAUUCCUGUUUCUCAGUUCAGGAAGAAGCAUUAAGGCUAAGACCAGGAAAGGGCGCUUAUUGGAUCAGAUCCUCAGCUUGUCCAAUGAUUUUGAUGAUUUAAAGCAGCUGAGAAUCUGACUUAGUAUUUGUAAAGUCUGUUUUAAGCAAGACAGCAGAUCUUGAUAUUUAAUUGUCCAAGUCAUGAUACUGCAUAAACUAAUCUUAUGAGUGCUCAGAGUUGUCUCUCCCUGCCCAUUGUAAUGGUUUAAGGAUCAAUACUCUCAGCUCAGACAAUGUCCUCUCUACCAUACUAUCAUAUUUCCUGUUUACUAGAGAACUGUGCUGUCAAGCAAACUACCAGUACUCAGCUAACAAAAUGGCUCUUUUCUGUUCAAACCCUGCUAUAUUGCAAACCAGUUAGCUAUUAUUUUCAAGUCAUUUUGUAGUAUAGCAAUUUAUGAAGAUAAGGUGGGUUCAGAGAAUAGAUUCAAAUUAGGGAGAUUAAGAAGUGUCUUAAAGCACUACGGCCAAAAUUGUCACAUUUGGAAGCCUAAAAUUAGACAUCUAAAUAAUAUUCAGGCACCUGAAUAAAAAUGGCCUGUUUAUCACAGAUGCUGAGCAUCCACAGCUCACCUUGGAUCAGAAGGACAUAGGAGUUGUCAAACCAAAGCAGACCAGAGGUCCAGCUAAUUCAGUGUGCUGUUUCUGAUAGCAGCCAGCACCACAUGCUUCAGAAGAUAUAAGAAAACUGAAAUAGGUAGAUGUGGAAUAACUUGCCCAUCUGGAAAAUUUCUUCCCAGCCCCCAUCAGUUAGUGGUUGGCUUAUGCCCUGAAGCAUGAGGGUUUAUAUCCCUUCUAAAUGUUUUUGUUUUAAAAAAAAUCCUUAUUGAUUUCCAUAUAUUUCUCUGUAACUUCAGUAGGAGAUAUGAGGGCUCAGCACCUCUGAAAAUUUGGCAGUUUAUAUUUAAGCUUCUGAAUGUUGGACUUAGGUGCCUAAAUUUGGGCAUUCACAUUCAAAAAGGUAGACCAAUGCUUUCACCUCUGGAGGAUUGAGUUCAAUUUCUGUAUUGGGUCACAGGUGUAGCUAAAUUUGGUGGUCUCAACCUAGUCCUGAAUUGGAACAUUUGGACACUAUCAUCAAACCUGGAAGGGUAGCCAAAAGGAGCAUAGCACUAGAUUAUGGGCAUUUCAGGUCAGGAUUGAUAUACCUUGAAAGAAGUAUGUGGGAGAUCUUGCAUAGCACUUAUAUACAGAGUGGGCUGAAUCCUGUAGAGCUGGCAAAAACAUCCAUUGAUGCAAAGGAUAAUUUGGCCUUCGUUAGGUUUACCAGUUUGUGGUCUAUGCAGAAUCUCUCUCUCUAGCCAGGGGUCUUAUUUUCUCAGCUUCACAAGCAAAGAAUUCACAGAGUUUUUAAAAAAUCCUAAAUUGUAUAUUAUUUUAAGGCCAGUUAUUUCAGCAGACAUGUAGAAUUGUCAAAGGGUCACGAAUUCCCCCAGCUGUUAGUUUAGCAUUGCAAACUUUGGAUUAUUUAAAUAAGAUUAGAUUAUCUUGUUUUAUAGAUUUAUUAUUCAUAGGGACAUUGUUCAGUCAUUUCUUCAGAAACUGAAUGGAAUGUUUCCAAAUUGCAUUUUAUGAAACAAAAUGAAGUUCCCCAACAAGUCACUAUUUUUAUUGUAUUGGUUGUAAGGAAUUUUCAUUAUUGCUUUAUAUAUAUAUAUAUAUAUAUAUAUAUAAAGUGCUAGGGAUCAAAGAUGCUAAAUAAAUAAAGUAUUGCAAUUUAGUAUGCACUCAUUGCUAUGAUUCAUUAUGAAAAUGACUUUUAUUAUUAAUUCAGGAGGAUCCCUGCACACUUUACAAACUAUAUUUAUAGAAGGGAAUUACUUCAUUCACCACUUAAAUACAGUAACUGGGGAUGAAGCUUGGUCAGUGUUUAGGACACGAAGUAGCAAAUACCAUAUCCAAAGUUAAAUACAGGUGGACAUGUUGGCAGACUGAAUGUAAUUAUCCAAACUUGAAACUUGCCCAGGAUGCAUAACACAGAUGAAAACAAGUCAAAUGAUUGAGUGUGUUGUCAUUGUUUUAUUCAAUGUCAGAAAUGAGUCCUUUACCAAGGCUUACAGCCCUGCUUUUGCAAAAUGGGUAAUGACUAACACAACGUGGAGUGGAGCGGGGAAAGGGCCUAGGACCUUAGUUUAGUCUGGCAUACAAAAUACACCACCCAAUAGCACAGUGCUCCCUAGCACCAUUGGGUCUGAUUUAAAUGAUACAGUAAAUACAUGUAAGGAGGAAUGAGACAUAGGCUGCCUGCCAUUUUAUAAAGGCAGCUAUUGUAGGUCCCAGUCCUGUGAGCUGCUAAGCACUCUCAUCUUCUAUUAACUGCAAUAGCAAAGAAAGAUACUGCACAUAUUGCAGGAGAAACUCAGCACUUUGUAGGACUGACCGUUAGCGAGGACAGAGAGAAGACAAGCUGUUUGGCCAGCUACUAUCCUGCUGGAUUUUUUAGAUGACUGGUUUGUAAAUUUGAGACAAUCUUGUGUCUUGUGAAAUAGUAGGCCUUAAUUCAAGGAUGUGAGGUGUAAGGGGCAGCACUCCUUUGUGUUCUAAGCUUGAAAAUGGUCAGGGUCCAAAAUCUGCUUGUUAUGCAGGUGCUAUCCAAUUAAUAGUAUUCUACCUGAUGUGGGCUAACUCUGCUUUGUAAAGGGCACAUUUCUGGUGUCAGAGAAAACACUGAAACAUGUUGUUGUUAUGGUACCUGUAUGCUAAAAGGUUUAAAGUGGUUAAAUGAGGAUUAUGGUAUUAUUUCCAACCAAGUAAUUUACUUUAUCUGAGGGAUUAAACUUUGUUAUGGAAUUCUGAUUUCUACUAAAUCCCAGGAAAAACUUCCUAACUGUAAGAACAGAAGGACAAUGGAACAGACGGCCUAGGGAGGUCAUGCAAGCUCCUUCACUGGAGGUUUUCAAAAGGAGACUGGGUAGCCACCUGUCUUGGAUGGUUUAGACCAGGCCCCUUGGAUGGUUUAGACCACCAUUCUCAAACUGGGGGUCAAGACCCCUCAGGGGGUCAUGAGUUUAUUACAUGGGGGGAUCGCAAGGUGCCAGCCUCCACUCCAAACCCCGCUUUGCCUCCAGCAUUUAUAAUGGUGUUAAA